AUUGGAUUUUCAAGAAAAAUUCAAUCACGAGAGCCCGAUGAUUCUAUUUCAAAUCCAAUGGGAUGGUUAUUUGAUAUUGAAGCAGAAAAUAAUGGAGAAAAUAAAAAUGAGCUGAGGGAAACUGAGACUGUUUGCCUUACAAAAGAAUGCCAGAUAAUUGCUGAUGAGUUUUUGCGCAGUAUGAACAAAUCAAUUGAUCCUUGUGACGAUUUCUACAAAUUUACUUGCCAAGGUUGGACUACUGCCGAUGCUCCUUCGUACUUGCCACUUUGGGCGCGUUUUACAAUGUUCCAAGAAGUCGUUUACAAGCGAUUGAAGGGUAUUUUGGAAAAAGACCAGCAGCCAGACGAUAUUUUGCCGGUAAAACAGGCGAAAAAAUGGUUCAAGACCUGCAUGGAUUCAGAGGGUCUGAAUAGACGCGGCAUAAAAACAUUGGAAUCGAUACUGAUGCGCGUGGGAGGCUGGCCAAUUACAUUAGACUCUGAAGAGUGGGACGAGGACGUUUAUAAUUGGGAAAAAAUAGAUAAUUAUUAUUUCCAAUUAACGUCCUCCCAUAUUUUUUACCAAUUUAAUAUAUUUCCAUACGUCGGCGCUAUGGAUGAUGACAUUGGGAUCUCAUCAGGUGAUUUGCCGCUGGGGGAAAAAUUGUCUGAUAAAUAUCGUGAUUACAAGGGAAAUGAUUAUGAUGCGUACAAUGAGUUUGUUUAUAAGAUUCGUGAAGAUGAUGACGAAGGAGAUGGAUUUCAGCGACAAAGAAUUGGCAAAUUUAUUGAUUUCUACGAGUCAGAAAUAAAAAAGUCAAACCUUGAAGCUUUCAAGAUUGAUUUCAAAAAAUCAAUAACUGAGUUACUAGCUAUAGUCGGUCAAAAAUACAAUAGUUCAAUGGAAAUGAGCAUCAAAGACGAUGUUUACUUUCCAAAGUUAGCUAAGCUGAUGAAAAAGACACCAAAAAAAGUAAUAAUCAAUUACAUGCACUGGCAUUUCGUAAGCAAUAUGCUUGAACACACAACCGACGAAAUGAGGAACUUGAUUUUCGAACUGAUGGAAAAGGAGAUUGGUGUUACUGAGCGACCUCCAAGGUGGAUGGAGUGCGUUGAAUUGACUAAAAUGCAGGAAGCGGUAGCUUACGCUUUCAUGAAAGAGUAUUUUCCUCCAGAAACCAACACUAAGAUGCAAGAGGUGAUUAAUAACGUACAAGGCAGUGUUGAGACAUUGAUUGAUAAUUCGAAUUUCAUGAGCACCGAGGUGAAGAAGGCUUGGAUAACCAAGCUCAGGAAUAUGAAGUUUUUAGUCGGGUUUCCUCAGAGCUUCCAGAACAAUUCCGCCAUCAUCGCUUCUUUUCACGGGUUAAUUAUUGGUUCCGAUUUGAUCGACAACAAUUUGAGUUAUAAUAGGUAUAAAGUAAGAUUCAAGUUAAGGAAUUUCAUGUCGACGGGUCCUAUAGUGGGUUGGUCGACGGAACCAUUGACGGUUGGAGCAAGUUAUGGUGGAAAUGUUAUAGUUGUACCUGCGGCACUGUUUCAGCCUCCGCUUUUAACUCCAAAUUUACCAGAAUUCGUUAACUAUGGCAUACUUGGAACGACCAUAGGCCAUGAAAUUGGACACGGAUAUGAUGGGAUGGGAAUAUUCGACAGUGGAGAUUACGAGGAAAUUCCGAUCCUGAAAGAGGAUGAGAAUAUUGUUCUUGAUAGCUUUAAAUGUUUCUCUGAAUUUUAUGAAAACUUCAUGAAUAAAACUGAUUAUUCAGAAGAUGAACUCAGUUUCGGUAAUCGCACUUUGGGAGAAAAUUUGUCAGACGCAAUGGGAAUCCAUGCAGUGUUCGACGCAUACAAAGAAUUAUUAUCUAAAACAGGUGGUGCUGAUAGAAAAUUACCAAAUUUUGAAGAGUUUACUGAUGAACAAAUGCUGUUUAUUUCUUACGGAAAUAUGUGGUGCGAGAUAGCCACCGAGCAGUUUGCUGAGAAACAAAGAAGAAAUGACGUCCAUAGUCCAGGUCGCAUAAGAGUAUUGGGUGCGUUAAAAAAUAGCCCGGAAUUUGCAAAAGCAUUCAAUUGCCCCAAGAGAAGCUCCAUGAAUCCGGAUAAAAAGUGUAACAUGUGGGAAGCUCAAAUGAAACCUAAAAGUCGUCGACGGUAUGAAAAACAUCAUACGUGGGUUGUGAAUUGA